AGAAUUAUAUAGAUUUUCCCUCUCUAAGUCCAAAAACAAAAACAGAAAUUGAGAAUUUUUGGGUUCUCUGUCGCCCAAAUUCUCUAUCUUAAAAUUCUAAUCAUCUCUCGCUCAUCAUCUCUCUUUUUCUUGUAAUUUUCAUCACUCUAUUCCGAUUGUUACCAUUUUUCCGAUUAUUUUACUUUUUACCUUACAAUGCCUUGAUUUUUUUUUCCAGGUUUCAAUCUUGCCCCUGCGAGGGAAAUUUAUCAUUGCAACGUUGCUUUAUUGGACUAUGGGAAUGUCUGUUUGUUGAUGUCGAAGUCAUAUGCAGAAUUAUAUGGAAGUUGUAAGAGACAAGACGAAAGCACCAAAAAAGGUCCGUGUUUGUUGGAGUUAAGACGCGACGGAAUGGUACAGUGGGGUUCCUGUGGUCGAGCUAUAUUGGUUGAUCAGCAUGAGGGAAGCAACUUUAGAGUUCCGUCCUCAAUUAUCAAAGAAGAGCAAGGAAAUGAUGAAGAAACCACGAGACCAUCAUCCCCUGUGCUGGCCAAACUGCGGAAGCGGAAACGCAAGGAUGCCGACCAACCUAAAAAAGCUAGAGAUGCAAAUUGUACAAAUCAAAUCCAAUUUAGCAUUGAUAAGCAAAUCAAGCGUGAGAAUUCUGAUCCUAGCAUAAAAGCGAAGUCUAUAUGCAGCAAAAAGCAGAAUCGUGUAGAUAGAUGGUCCAUAGAUAGGUAUAAGCUGGCAGAGAAACAUAUGUUUGAGGUGAUGAAGGCUGAAGGGGCUGCAUUUGAUAAUCCCAUUUCCCGGCUAAAGCUGAGAGUGGCAGCUCGUCAGUACAUUGGAGACACUGGACUCUUGGACCACUUGCUGAAGCACGUAGACGGUAAAUUGACACCAGGUGGCACGGAACGUUUUCGCCGCUGUCACAACACUGAAGGGAUAAUGGAAUAUUGGUUGGAGAGUGCAGACCUAGUUAAAAUUAAGCGUGAGGCUGGGGUGCCAGAUCCAACUUGGAUUCCUCCAUCUGGAUGGAUGCAUAAUGGUGUUGCCAUUCGAGAGUCUGCUGCAUCUUUAGAAUUGAAACUUCUUAAGGAUGAACUAGCAAAAUUGAAGAGGGGUAUGGAUGAGCUAUCAUCAAAGAAGCAAGAGCAAAAUCGGGUCAAUCCGGUCGAGGAAAUGCACAAGGAAUUGAUGAGAUGGAGAAAUAAGACUGAUGAACGCCUUAUGGAGAUUUCAAGUUCUUUGAGUGGUAUGCAGGAUAUGUGCCGGGAAUUGAUGACGUGGAAGUCCAAAGCUGAACAACAGUUGACUGAAAUUGCAAAUUCGGUUAACAGCUUGCAGGCCCCAAGACAAUGCACCACCUUUAGUCCAGUUGGUGAAAGAUGGGAGGACUGGUUGGAGAAUACCAACUUGGAUAAUAUUCAAGAGGAGGACCUUGCACCGUGGUUAGGUAGCACUGAUCUGGUUAAUGUUGUGCAAAAUGCUGCAGUCCAGGAAUGUUUAGCACCAGAACCCUGGCUUAAACAUUGUGAUAGUCCCUCUCAGGAACCUGGCUGUGCGAGAGAGCUGGGAUUGCUUAAGGAAGAAAUGGAAAAAAUGAGAAGGGAUGUACAGGAUCUGCUACCAAAGAGGGUGGAAGAUGCUCAAGCUAGUGUCACCCCUGAUUCUUCUACUACUAACAAUUCAAAGUGUGAUCUGGACAAUCCAUUUGUUCUUUUUCAGGAAAUGUUCAAGGAAAUGGUGAAAUGGAAGGCGAAGAUGGAGGAACAGAUGGUGGAGGUUGUGAAUUCUGUGAAUGCUAUGCAGGCAAAGCAAAUAUACUAGGUGAAACAGAAAAGGAUAGGAUAGGAUUUAGUUAUAGACAGGAAGAGUAUUUUAGCUUUAUAUAGUGGUAGGAUCACAUUUUGUACAGGUUUUAGGGGGUUUAAAUUACGAAGCCAUCGGAAAGACAUCCGACCUUUCAGCCAUCGGAUGAAACUCACCCACACCUUAUCUUUUUAUUUAGGAGCUGCUGCUGCUGCUGCUAAUCUGGCUGAAUAGAAGAAGACGUCAGUCAUCUAUUAUUUAGUAUGUUAUUCCACCCUGAAUCACUCUAGGCAUGUUAACUUUUGUUUAUCUCGUCUAAUAUUGUAACCUGGGUAUAUCUAUUUCUAUAGUAUAUGGAGUUAUUACUUAUUUAUGCAUUCGAUUAUCAUCUAA